CUCUCUAAAAUCAAUAAAAAUACAUAUAUUUAAGUGGGUUUUUUUAAAAAAAGGAAUAGUGUCAGUUGAAAAAUUUAACCAAUUAGUUAAAUGUUUCGGUGAUGGAGAUACUAAAAAACCAUAUGAAGAGCCCUCGUAGUUAAUUUACAGGGGAGAAACCUGGCUUCUUAAUGAACAUCUGAAGGGCUGAAUCAAACCAAGAGGAUAUUGUUACACGUCUGAAGAACUCUGUAGACUUGGGAGUGUUGCCUUUUGUACAACCUACUUCAGAUUCAUUCUCAGUGGGGUAGUGCACUGAGGCAAUGUUAGGCAAUGCUACAUAAACACUAAGCUAAUAGAGAUCAUAACUAUUGGAAGCACCAUAGAGGGCUUUGUGAGAAUACAAGAAAAAGUGUGUGUUUAUCAGAAAUUGGAAGCUUGGAUGCAGGCACAGCUCCUAGUGCACGGGCCUCAGGAUGGGCCGCCCUCUGGAACCACUGGCAAAGAAAGUCUUUAAAGGAGUAUUAGUAGCCGAAUUAAUGGGCGUCGUCGGAGCAUACAUUCUGUUUAAUAAGAUGGACACAAGCCAAGAUUUUAGGCAAACAAUGAACAAGAAAUUUCCCUUCAUCUUGGAAGUUUAUUACAAAUCCAUUGAAUAUUCUGGAAUAUAUGGAGUCAGAGAGCAAGAUCAAGAAAAAUGGUUGAACAGCAAAAGUUAGGAAUUUGGUCACUGAUCACGGUUUACCCUAUCUUAUAGUAUUAGGCAUGAACAAAUUUUCAAAGGUGACAUGGAUAGAUUUUGGAAUAUUAAAGGCAAAACGUAAAUUCUAAUUAAACCAGAGCUUUUAUUUUUUGGACUAACUGUGAAGAAAUUUAUGGAAAGUAUGUUUAUUAUGUUAUAAAUAAAGUUUUGUUUACACCAAAAAAAAUAAAAAUAAAAAUUGGAAGCUUGGAAGAGAGGCCUUGCAGAGCUGGCAUUUAGUUGUUGGGGGGUUGGUGGCUAGGUGGUGCUGCCAGACAGGCACUAUUUCUUUUUAAUAUAUUUUUAUUGAUUUUAGAAAGGAAGAGAAAGAGAAACAUCAAUAAUAAGAAUUAUCUAUAGACCUGCGCCUUAACUGGAAAUCAGACUGUGACCUCCUGGUUCAUAGGUCAUCUCGCUCAACCACUGAGGCACACCGGCCGGGCAUGACACUGGUAUUUCUCAGGUGUCCAAUGAGGAUAGUUCUAGAAGAUAGUGUCUUUGUUCAAUGCUUUGUAUGUACCUCCUACUAUAAAACCUGGUACACUAUAGACAAUCAAAUAUUUCCUAAAUGAAUAUAUUCUCCAAUUCUUACCUGUCUAGUGCUGUAUUCCUUUUUCUGCUCAGCAUACUCGAGAAUAAAGCACGUUGGAGGGUAGAGGCAAACUAAAACUGCAAGGAGGUCAACACUUGCAUCAGUUUUCCCUCGCCACUGCAAACCCAUGAGUGGGAGAACCCUGAUGGUGAGGCCUCCUUAAAUAUCUCCACUUUCCUGGCAUUUUAAUUGACUCAGUCAUCAAAUCUAACUUCAUUCAAGCUCAUAUCCAAAGCCCCUCAAUAAUAUAUCCAUUCCAAGCCAGACUGUCCCAAACAGGUCACAUUCAAACCUAACUCAUUGCCUUUGCCCAUGAUUUUGGAAAAUUUAAUUUUUGCCUCUGUGCAGAGUAUGUAAUUAUGUGUCUUUGGGAAUUAACCUACAUAGCUUGUUAUCAGGGCCAUGCUUAAGGACCCUGUAUGCAGGGAAUCUUGGAGUAGCUCCAGCAAGGCUCAAACUGAGGAAAUACUGAAGUAUGUUCUUCUGUCCUGCCUUUGCAUCCUCCUCUUCCCCAAAAUUAAAAAAAAAUUAAAAAAAUUGUGCCUGUUUUGCUCAUAUUGAAUUCCUCAGAAAAACAAACAAACAAACAAAACAACUCAGAGACAUUUUGCUCACUUUUCAACAUACCUUAGCCAAGGUACUAACAUCAUGCCUGUAACAUACCCAUCUUUUACUACAUUUUAUCUAUGGAGAGUUCAUAGAAGCUGGAAUAUCUAUGCCUUGAUCUGUAUCAGUAAGUUGUAGUUUUGGUUCCUAGUGUUCCUCACAUUUACUCUUACUUUCACCUGCAGGCACAGUCUCCUACAGUCCCUACAUUUUCCUUGUACCCUUGAUCUCCCUUCACUGUGACUUCAAAUCCUUCACACCAAAUUCUAUUCCUUCUCUGCUUAUUUCUUGCCCCUUACACUCUUCCUGCAUGACCUACUGCCCUGAAGCAGAUACUACACACAGAUCCUCUUCAGAACCCUGCAGGCUUCAACACGGGUGUAAAGUUUCUAAUUGAGAAAAUUAUAACCAUAGGCCAAGGAAGGGGAGGGAGAAAUAUCUUUAUUUUCAUCAAAGAUAAUAAUGCAUAUAAACUUGUAUAAAUGCAAUGAGAGAAAAAAAAAAAAAACUGGGUUGGGAGUGAUGGUGAGAUGAGAAAUCUUACAAAAUUAACCUAGAUAAUUACACUUGCUUAAGAUUAGGUUGUUUUGAUUUAAUAUUACCCAAUGGCUUAACCUAUCCUUUCUUUCCUUUGUUCAUGGUUCUGUUGCAGAAUAUUGUAUAUAGCAGUAAGUACCUAGUGGUCAAUUAUUGAUUUAGAACAGAUCCAGCCUAUUAAAAUUCUAGAUGUACUCCCCAGGAAGGGACAGUAUUUCUUAUCUGAUAUGGCUCAGAAACAGUUCUCAGGCCACUAGUUAUACGUUCUUUGUUCAGAACAAGGAUACUGUAGUUUCCCAGCAGGAAUUAUGGGUUUUAUAUCAUUCUCUCCUUCAAAGCAAAAUGGAAAUCCACAGUGAGACAGGAUUGUGGAGUUCUGAGCAGAAAUAGAAAGAGGCUCAUGCAUUCUUAGGCUGAUUCCUAUUCCUGGACAUGGUUCUUGAGAUCCAGUUGUCAAGUUUCCUGCUGAGCCAGGGAUUGGCUAGUAGAACUAUCCACAGAACAAGGAAGUUCUCAGAAACACAUGUUGACCUAAGGAGUUGAUAUCAGGUUUUCUACAUAUUUGUCACAUCUCUUGCUUUCUGUAAUGUGUCUCUUCUAUGUAUAUCCCGAUGGCAGAAGAGGGAAGAGUUCUUAGUGAAGCUUUUCUCACACUGGAAGUACUUAUGUGGCUUUUCCCCAGUGUGGGUUUCCUGGAGGGCACUGAAGUGGGAGCUGUUCUUGAAGCUUUUCCCACACUGGGCACACUGGUACAGGCCCUCCACAAUGGGGACUUGCCAAUGAGCGCUAAAUGGAAAGUUGUUGACUCUCUUCCCACAGACAGUGCACUGAUAAGGCUUCUCCCCAGUGUGGGUCCUCUGGUGAACUGUGAGGCUAGAGCUCUGGUUAAAGCUUUUCCCACACUCCCCACACUGGUAUGCUCUCUUCCCUGUGUGAGUCCUCAGGUGGGCAGUGGGGUAGGAGUGUUCACUGAAGCCUUUCCCAUAUUCACAGUACUAGUGAUGCUUCUUUCCUGUGUGAAUUCUGAUGCCGAACAAGGUAAAAA